AGGAGCUCAGGAAGUGCUCACAGCCGCUCAGACAUCUCAGAGCCUCGUCCCAGGCAGCACCAAGGCUGAGGCACCCCGGGAUGAGCGUGCCUUGGCCUGGGCCCUGGGGUGGCCAUCAGGUCAGGAGGCCCCGGCACUGCGUACAGCCAUAGCUGCCCCUCUGGAAGCCCGGGCUCCUGCAUCCAAGGAGUCUUGAGCUUAUGUCUUUCAGGACAGUGCUUCUUCCAGAGCUGCCAGUGGAGUUGCCCACGGCUCUUGGAAGCCUGGCCCAAGGCUGAGAAAAGUGACAGAGGCCCACUACAGUUGAGUAGAGCCACGUGGGGUGCCCAACUGCCCAGAGCGGGUACCGGCCAGGGCCUCAGGCCAGUAUCUCCGUAGAAGACCACAGGGAGAGCAGCCGGAGGGGCAAGCCAUCACCAGCAGCUCCUCGCGGCGGAUGGGGAGCGAGUGAGGUCCAAAACACACCCCGGGCCACACAGGGCCAUGGAAGCAGCAGUGAUCGGAAUGGUGGCUGUGCUCUUCGCGGUCACCGUGGCCAUCACCUGCGUCCUCUGCUGCUUCAGCUGUGACGCAAGGAGCCAGGAUCCUCAGGGGGCCCCGCGCCCCAGCUUCACAGUGGCCACGUUCCACCAGGAGGCUUCUCUCUUCACUGGGCCAGGUCGCCAUGCUCAGCCAGUGGCAGGUGCCCGGGACUUCUGGACCUUCAUGUGAAAUUUACCAGCCCCCAGGAUUUGCGCUUGUUGUUUAGUCACUCAGUCGUGUCCGACUCUGUGACCCCAUGGACUGUAGCCUGCCAGGCUCCUCUGUCCAUGGAAUUCUCCAGGCAAGAAUGCUGGAGCGGGUAGCCAUUCCAUUCUCCAGGGAAUCUUCUUGACCCAGGGAUUGAACCCAAGUCUCCUGUAUUAGCAGGUGGAUUCUUUACCACUGAGCCACCUGGAAGGCCCAGGAUUUGCUCUGCUGCGGGUCAGACUCCUCUUCCCCCAGCAAGCCUUCUCUGGUGACCCACUCCUCCAGCCUGGCAUUUCUGUCCUGUCCAGCCUGUAUCCAGAAGACUCCUGACCCAUCCUAUUCCAGCUUGCCAUGCCCUCCAGCCUGGGAGAUCUAUGGUGAUGGGACCAGUAGGAGUCAGCUCUGACCCCUGAGAGCUCAGCCGGACCCUACCCACAGGGUGGGGCUUACGAGAGGUCGAGAGUGAGUGACCAGGCAAUACUGGAUGGCAUGGUGGGCCAGCUCUUCUGAUCUACAAGAUGCAGUGAACUAUCACUGGACUUUAUUGUGAAGAGAGUGUUGGUUAUCUCAAGAUGUCCCAGGAUGCCUAUGAUGCUGCUGGUUCUAUUGCCACCAGAGGAAGCAGCGCCCUCAAGUGGACAGUUUCAGAAACCACUUUUUAUCUGUUCCAAGAGAGUCAUUUUGCUACUUGCCUGCGCACAUACUGCAGAGCCCACUUCUGAGACCUGCCUCCUACCUGCUACCUGAAAUCCGCCCUGAAAUUCUGAAACCAAACGGCUGCUUCCUGGGGACUGGCGAUUCAUUUUACAAUUGAAAAUGCAUAUCCUUUUAUGGGUCUCCCAAGAAUCAGGGUUGGGAAACCACAAAAGGAAACAGAAGAGAAAAAGAGUUACAGAAAGUACCAGAUGUUUUAUUAAUAGGAAAGCCAGAAAGAAGACUUUGAAAUGUAUUUGCAUGAGAGUUUAUUUCUAUAUUCUUAUGGGUCACUUCUAUUCUUAGAGACUGUGACUUUCGUCACCCAGGAAUGACUGAAAAAUCACCAACUGAAAGGUAAUUUCGAAUAAGUUAAAAUGCUAUAUUGUAUUGACAGUAUGUAACAAAGCUCUUGUUUGCAUCGCAAAUAAAGAGAUGUUCUGUUUUUAUUUA